AUGUCCGCCCCAGAUAACUCACAACCACAACCACCGCCCGACAACGAAGCGCAGCAGCAACCCGAGCAGCAGCAGCAGCAGCAGAUCAAAACAUCACAGUCGCAAGAAGACCAACAGCAGCAACAGCAGAUCCAAGAUCAAGACCAACAACAGCAGCCGCCCGCCUCCCCGCCCCUGCCGCAGAAACACACCGCCGUCACCCCGGGCGUGCGCGCGGGCUACUUCAUAAAGACGUACGACCGCGCCCUCCAAAAGACGCUCGAGACAGUCCGCUACGACAACUUCGCGUCCUGCUUCCCGACCAUCGCCGCCCACGCGCCAAACACCCUGCGCAACGUGCAGAAGCAGAUGGUCGACUACCUCGAGGAGCGUUGCAACAAAGAUUUCCAAUCGAUCCUCGGCGACCGCGACGUUGUCAAGAAGCUCAACGAGCUGGAGAGCCUAGUCAGCGACGCCGAGAGGAGGCGGCAGGAAAGCAACAACAAUGCCGGCGACGACGCCGAAGAACCAAUCCCACCGCACCUGCUGCCCCCUGACGACGUGAUCACAGCUCACCUUGCCCCGCGGCUUGCAUCACAACAAUCACACCUGAACGCGCGCCUGCAGAACACCCAGGCGUCCAACGAGUCCCUCUUCGCCGCGAUACAGUCCCAGCGCGCCGAGAUCGAGGCCCUGCUGGCGCAACUGGAGGGCCACGUUGCCGACAUUGACGGUGCGAACGCCAUGUUGGGGGACGUGGCGCCCGAGUUGGCGUCGGAGGCGCGGGAUGCCGAGGCGCAGAUGUCGGGGAUGUGA